AAAUGUCUUCAAAGACAUUUCAUGUAGCAAGUAAACAUUUGGAUAAAAAUAUGAAACCGCCAUGAAUCAGCAAUCCCAUGUAUUUACAAAUAAUUGUACAUUCUUCCAGUGUGUGCCAAGUCCCAAGGAGCAAAGGGAUAAAAGUACAAGAAAGAACGUUCAUGUGGGAGGAUUGAUAAAACACACGGAUUGCACUGCAGAAAGAUAAGCGUGCGGCAAAAUGUCUCUUUUUCACGCGAAUGCUGGACAAGCUGAAAUUAUCCGUAGUGUACAGAAGGACCAGGAAUACAUCGAGAACAUACGGAGUUCCCUUAGCGAGAUGCUUCUUUUGCUUAGCCAUCGUCAAUGGUUCAAGUAUAACGCUGCCUGUAAACUUAUUGCUGAGAUCAUGUACCACCACUACGCGAUUCUAAACAACCUUCAGACACUCGGCGAAGAAUACACCGGUAUAAUACAGGUCGAUGCCAACUAUGUUAUGCUACCCAAUAAGGCUUUACAAUUGCUAGCAAUUAUCCUUGAGUGCGGCGGAGAGCAUCUAGCUGAUCGUAUGCUUACCUAUCUGGACGCUGAAAUAGACCGUAGUGACGAACUUUUGGUGUCUGUGAAAAACGGGCUCCACAAAUUUAUCGGGACGCUUCGCUUGAUUAUGCCGUACGUUAGAGGAUUCCACACAAGUCUGUUCUAUAUAAAUGGCGGAAAAUAUCACAUUUCCAAGCGGCUCACGAAUAUUAAUUAUGUUUUAAUACGCAAUUGGUUAAAGGAAAAUCAUUCGGUCUACGGAUACAGGCUGCUAGGCUACGUUACGUUGGCUCAAUUGAUUCUUUCCUUAGCAGCUCGGUUUCGUCAGCAGCAACUGUACUCCAGCAAAAACACAAAAGUGGAGACGAGCGGGCGUAUCGCGGGGUUGGAUAGUUCGACUCAUAAGUGUGCCUUAUGUAUCGACAUUACGCAAAACAUAACCGUAACGCAAUGUGGUCAUCUUUUUUGUUGGGAUUGUAUUCUAAACUGGCUAGAUCAAAAACAGGUAUGCCCUAUCUGUCGUGAAGCUAUUAAAAAAACUCGCGUCGUACGCUUACAAAACUAUUUUGUAGAACAUUCCAAAUAGCUUGCAAGAGCUUAUAGCUAUAUUGUUUGGGCUUUUAACCGGGAUAGUCUAGAACCAAAAACAAUGGGAUGUAUUUAUAUGUAGCGAAGAAAACCCAGUUUAUGAAUAAAGGGAUUAUGGUGUAUUCGUUGCACUUCGAUUGAAACAA